AUGUCGGCCAAGAGGGCAGAACAGAAGAAAACCAACCCGGUAAAGGAAGAAUAUUGCCAGGCACUUGGGGCCUCUAAAAAGAACUACAGGGCAGUUUGCUUGGAACUGAAGCCAGAGCUGACACAGAUAUAUGAUUACAAAGGAUUUAAACACGAAGAGCCAGUCACCAAAAAAGGGAUGACACAGGAGCUGAAGAAUGAACUCAGGGAGGUGAGAGAAGAACUCAAGGAAAAAAUGGAAGAGAUAAAACAGAUAAAGGAUAUAAUGGACAAAGAUUUCGAUAAGCUUCAUGAGUUUGUGGAAAUUAUGAAGGAAAUGCAGAAGGAUAUGGAUGAAAAGAUGGAUGUUUUAAUAAAUACACAGAAGAACAACAAGCCUCCCCUUCAAAAACAACCAAAGGAGCAGCAGGAGCUUGGGCAGAUAGGAAAGACGGACAAAGAUUCCCAGCCCAGACUCAAGAAACUGGAAGAACCCGAUGGAGCAUCAUUGACUAAUGACAAGACGAUGGUGUCACAAAAAACAAAGGAUAAUCCCCUGGAUUCCCUUCAUACAUGUCAGAGUUGCUGCGAGAAAUGUUUGUUGUGUGCCCUAAAGACCAGCUGCAGUCGGGGGAAGCCUUCACACCAUGCCUGGGCGCGCUUUUCACCUUUAUCAUCUGGAGCUGCUUUCUGAUUUAUCUGUACUUCAACCCCGAUGAGAUGGAGUAUGUGCUGCCAACCUAGCACAACCAUGGAGCCCACCAGCAGCUCUGGUUCAUCCUCUCUACGAGCUGCACAGCAGGGUUUUCUGCCCUUUUCAAGA